UCUCUCUAACUCUUUCUCUCUCUAGAAGCCAAACUUACAUCUCUCGUCCUUUCCUUCCACACUCUGCUUAUAUAAACCAAGAAACACUACACAAGCACACCAAGAGUCCCAAACCAAAUUCGCAACUACACCUCUCUCUCUCUCUCUCUCUCUCUCUCUCUCUCUCUAUAUAUAUAUAUAUAUAUACACAACCAUCUAUAUAGAAGUUGAUAGAUAAUUAUAUUGUAUACCCUUUUCUCUCUCUGAACAGCCAUGGGUUUUCCAGUUGGUUACACAGAGCUCCUUCUUCCAAAACUUGUCCUCCACACUCUUACCGUUCUGGGCUUCAUCAGAAAGCUCAUUUCGACCCUUUUUCGUUCUCUGGGUCUCGGCGAUUUUCUCGAGCCCGACAUUGCAUAUCCGGAUCGACCCGAAAACUUGUCCGGGUUUCCCUCAGUAUCGGCGGUUCGGCUCCGGGAGCUCCUGCCCGUCGUUAGGUUCUCGGACCUGGUGGACCCGCCGGAGAGCUGCGCGGUGUGUCUGUACGAAUUCGAGAGCGGCGAUGAGGUCAGGCAGCUGACGAAUUGCCGGCACAUAUUCCACCGGAGCUGUCUGGACCGUUGGAUGGACCACGAUCAGAACACGUGUCCGCUCUGUCGGACUCGAUUCAUACCCGACGAUAUGCAGUGCGGGUUCAACGAGCCGGUUUGGGCCGCUUCGGAUUUCAACGGCGAGUACUCGCCGAUUAUCGGUUUGUAAAUUGUAGUGGGCUUUUGCGUUUUCUGGGUUUUGUUUGGUGGGUUAGUUGGAGAUGGUUGAGGUUGAUAUGUAUAAUGUAUGUAUAUAUGCUAAAAAAAAAAAAAAUUAUAUAUAUCAAAAUAAAUAUUGAAGAACAAAAUAACAACAAUUUUGUAUAUUUUUAUUC